UUAUUUAACUUACCACAAUUCAGAUAGAAUAUCGCUCGAACGUGGAUAACCAUGAAUCCUAGCUUGUAUACAUCUGCCAUGGAGGGUAAAGUUGCUGUCCUCGGGCAACACAAAGACGAACUUGACGGAGAACUCACCCCAAACCACAACACGGUUCUCCACGUCGCAACCCAGUUCGGCCACCUCAAUUACGUGAAAGAGGUCUUGGAAGCGUGUCCGUCUCUGCUACACCGGCGGAAUAUCAAAGGUGAAACUCCACUUCAUAUGGCAGCUAGGGAAGGGCAUGCUGAAAUAGUAAAAGCAAUGAUAGCUCGGGCAAAAAGACUGGAGGAAGAACUUGAAAGCGGCUUGGUUGGAGCAGUUAAGGAGAUGUUGAGGGCAACAAAUAUUGACGGAGACACAGCCUUGCACAUGGCAGCGAGAUAUUGUCACUUGGAAGGGGAGAAGUACUUGAAAGUAUUCAAAAUGUUAACCAAAAGACAACGGGGUAUGGGUAAAGAAUCGGUGAAGAUGAUGAUAAUGAGGGCCACAAAGCUCCAUAGAGAAGAAGUGGAGGAGAUAAUGAGGGACAGAGAAGCGGACGAGAUAAUGAGGGCAAAAAAGGUCUACAGAGACCCAGCCUGGCACAUGGCGGAGAGAAAUCGCUUGGAAAAGGAGAACAGAGACACAUACUUGGAAGUGGACGAGAUAAUGAGGGCAAAAAAGGUCGACAGAGACACAGCCUGGCACAUGGCGGCGAGAAAUCGCUUGGAAAAGGAGAACAGAGACACAUACUUGGAAGUGGUUAAAUUAUUAUCACAAGAAGAUGCGGAGUUUCAACAUCCACCAAACAACUUCCAGGAAACUCCACUCUACCUAGCUGCUGAAAGAGGGAUUAUGGGUGUGGCCAUAGUGGACACGCUCGUGGAAACUUACAAAUCGCUGCUAACUUACAGCGGCCCUGGUGGUAGAACAGCAUUGCACGCGGCAGCUCUCAAGGACUUCACAGGUCAAAGCACAAAAAAAUUGUUGGAAUGGAAGAAAGAUCUAAUCAAUCAAGCCGAUGAGUAUGGGUGGAUACCACUUUGCUAUGCUACAUGCCAUGGUAAUAAAGAGGGAGUUAAAGAGCUUCUGGCAAUGGAUGGAUCACGGGCAUACAUUACCACUACAAACAAGGGCGAUCAAGACACAGCUACUAGCAAUGGGAAUGAAAACGGAGUUAGAGAGCUUCUGGUAAUGGAUGAAUCAGGGGCAUACAUUACCACUACAAACAACGACGACCAAGACAAAGCUCUUCACAUUGCUGCAGCUUAUGGGCAUGAACAUGUAAUAGAAGAGCUUUUACACAUUGCUCCAGAUUGUUGGGAGAUGGUCAAUAGUAAAGGGCAGAAUGCCCUUCAUAUUGCUGUGGACAUGAACAGGUAUUCAGUGAUUAAAUUUAUAUUUGAUCAGUCCUGGGUUGGGCAACUUAUAAACCAAAAGGACAACGAAGGUAACACACCUCUCCAUCUACUUAUUGCUUCCGAUUGCUACGCUGAUGAGUUAUGGACGCUUGAUAGAGCAGAUCAUCAUGCUUUCAAUGGCAAAAACAUGACUCCCGUGGAUUUAGUGUGGUCCAAUCUUAUGGAGGAAAGGAUGUCGGGCUUUGCUGGAAGAUAUAUUGUGGAUGAUGCCUUUUUGGAUUAUUCGGGAAUUAAAGCUAGUGGUGGGAGAAACCUAGCCUGCAACGCUCAUGUCAACUUAGCAAAAUUGGAGAAAGCUCGUAGACAUGAAAAAGAGAAGAGAACAGAAGCUAAAUCGAAGGAACAACAGAAGAGAGCAGAAGCUGAAUGGAAGGAAAGGGAUGAGGCACUUGAGCGUUCCGUAAAGCUAUUCCAAACUUUCGUGAUAGUGGCUGCACUUAUAGCCACGAUCACUUUCGCAGCGGCCUUCACAAUUCCAGGUGGCUAUGAUGGCAACAAAGGUCGAGACCAAGGUAUGGUAAUCCUAGCAAGAGAAUCAGCUUUCAAAGCAUUUGUCAUAACCAACACCAUAGCCAUGGUAUGCUCCGUUACAUCUAUAUUUCUGUGCCUCGCUGCUAUGUUAUAUUCUUUAGCGGCAGCGAAGGCUGAUCGUUACAAUAAGCGCUAUUUUGGAGCAGUGGGUCUUAUUAUAGUUUCCAUGUUUUUCCUGAUGAUUGCGUUCAUCACAUCUACUUUUGCUGUGUUAGCACAUGCUAUCGCGCUUGCUGUGUCCACUUGUAUUAUUGCUUGCUUCGCCUUUAUUGGGUAUACUGUGGAAUUGGGAAAGUUAAUUGCUGGACCCUGAUUAAAUAAUAUGUUC